CUGUGCGUUUGGUAUGUAGCCGGGAGAGCGGUGCGCGCUGCCGGCCGGGACGCGCUGAACCGAGCCCAGGACUGUGGGCCGGAGCUAGUCCUGCUAAACCUAUGGAUCCUCAGCAGCCUGUGUGUAGCCUGAUGAAGCGCUUCUGUACUUGUCUCAGCCUGCUGCCGCUGCCAGGCCAGGACUGGAGCAAGAGCGAUGAGAGGCUCCUGCAGGCUGUGGAGCAGAACGAGCCCGACAAAGUCUCCGCUCUCAUCGCCAAGAAAGGCCUCUGUCCCACCAAGCUGGAUGCUGAGGGGAAGUCGGCGUUCCACCUCUGUGCAUCCCGGGGUCGACUGGACUGUCUGGAGGUCAUCAUCGCUCACGGAGCUGAUAUUAAUGCCCCUGACGGUGUCGGCUUCAGCGCCCUUCACCUCGCCGCCAAGCACGGUCAGCCAGAGUGCGUGAAGAGGCUGUUACAGGAGAGAAUGGAAGUAGACGGCACCGACAGCAUUGGAAGGACGGCGCUUCAUCACGCAGCGGUCGCUGGCUGUCUGUCCUGCACUGAAACCCUGUGGGACUUUAAGGCCAGUCUGGACGUCCAGGACAGCGACGGGGCCACACCCCUGAUCCUGGCGGCCCAGAUGAGCAGAGUGGAGCUCUGCGCUUUCCUGUUGGGACGAGGUGCCGACGCCAACAUACAGGACAACCAGGGAAGAUCUGCACUGAUGUUAGCCUGCGAGAGCGACAGCGCUGAAACCACAGCGGUUCUGCUCCGAGGCGGCGCCGACACACAGCUGGUCGACGGCCUGGGGCACAAAGCCGCCGACUACAGCCAAAGCGCAGGCAACCAGCGCGUGGUGCACAUGCUGCAGGACGGAGUCCUCCCAGCGUCUGAGGCCGCGGGCGAGGAGAUUCAAGGUCUGCCACCAUCGCCCCAGCCCCGGACCCGUCCUCCGUCGGCUCAGUCCCCUGAGCCCCAGUCCCCCGCUGCCUCUCCACAGCCAUCACAGGUGGAGGAUGAGGAGGUCUUCGAGGAGAUACGGAAGCUGCGUUUGGAGAGGGGCCGUCUGCUCCAGAAGAUCAAAUCGCUGGAGCAGCAACAGCAGAGUGCCAUGUCCGCCUUGGAAGAGCUGUCGCAGCUCAAGCAGCGUCUGGAGCAAGCAGAGGCGGAGAGGGACAAGCUGCUGGAGGAGCUGAGGGAGGGCCAUGGCAUCGGGGUCAGUGACUCCGAAGACAUGGAUGAAAUGCUGGACUUCCCAGAGAAGCUGCUCUCCAAACGCUCCAGAGCCAUAUCUGCUCAGGAUGAGCUCAGCUCUCCAGCCCCCGCGGCCUCGGCCGGCCCGUCUCCUGCAGACCCAGGAACCGUCGCAGAGCUGCACAAGCAGAUAGAGGAGCUCGCGUCACAAAACUCUGAACUUGUUCUGAAAGUGCAGAUGCUGGAGAUGUACGAGAAGGACGACACCGACAUGCAGAUGUCCAGCACAGACUUUGUCCCCUUGGCUCAGUACGAGACCCUGCAGAAGGAGCUCGAAGCCCUGCAGGAGCGUCUGUCUCAGGCCCAGGCUUUGGACGAGGCCUCCAGUGUGGCUGAGGAGCGUAAUGAGAAGCCUCAGGGAGAUGCAGAGGGCGUUGAGGCUCUGAAGGAGAAGUUGCACGGACUGGAGGAGCAGUUGGCCUCCUCCAAGUCUGAACUUGAGGAGUUAAAGGAGCAGAUGCGCCUCGGUGUGCUCUCCGUGGAGUGUGUGGACGGAGACACUCUCACAGCAGGUGCUGGGCCUGCAGGCCGGUCUGGGGUGGAGGAGGAGGGCCUGCGCCAGGAGGCACAGCAGCUGAGAGCUAGGGUGGCGGAGCUGGAGGAGGAGCUCGCCAACAGAGCGGGUGACGAGGGGGGUGAGAGUAGCUCAGACAGUGACACAGUCAAACAGCUGACGGAGAAAGUAGAGGCGCUGCAGGCUGCUCUGGACCAGAAGGAGUCCACGCAAGGAGAAGGGAAGGAGGAGGAAGCAGGCCUCCGAGGCAGAGUGGCUGAGCUGGAGGCCGCGCUGGCAGAGAGCGGACCGCCAGCGAGAGAGGGAGCGGUCGGGGAUGAGGUGCGACGCCUUCAGGAGCGCGUGGGGGAGCUGGAGGCGGAGCUGAGGAGACGCGUGCCCCGCUCCGAGCUGGAGGAGGUGCAGGUGACCCUGGGCCUCCAGUGCGAGCAGCUGGCCAGGGAGAGGGCCGACGUGGCCCGGAGGCUCAACGACGCGCUCCUGGAGCUGGAGAGAGGCCGGCCGCCCCCGCGUGGCGGCGAGGAGGAGCAAGAGGAGGAGGAGGAGGAGCACUCGGAGAGUUCCGAGCGCUCGCUCGCAUCAGAGCUCUCCAGAUUCUCCCUGGCGGCGGUGAGAGAGGAGCUGGAGGCGGCCAGACAGGAGGCGGCCCAGGCCCUGGAGUGUCUGUGUGCGGAGCGCGAGGGCCGCGCUCAGGACGCGCUGCAGCUGAAGGACGCGCUGCCGCUGUCCGAACACAGGGAGGCGCUCUCCGCGGUGUCAGAGCAGCUGGCUCAGACGCUGCAGGAGCUCCAGGAGGAGAGGAGCCUCCGCCGCCAGGCCGAGGAGCGCGCCGCCGCGCUGGAGGCCACGCUGCAGAGCACGCACGAUGCCGUCCCCAAAGAGGAGCACGAGAAGAUAAAGGCAGAGCUCCAGCGCGCCCUGCAGGCCAGCGAGAGCAGCGCAGCGGCAGCCCAGGAUGCUCUGACGGAGAAGGAGAUGGAGCUGAGGGAGCUGAAGUCCCAGAAGGCGGCCGAGCGGGGCCUGAUCUCCAAGGAGGAGCACGAGGCCCUGCGGCUGUCUCUGCAGGCGGAGAUCAACGCAGCCACGGCGCGCUUCAAUGAUCUCACACGCAAACACGAGAAGACGUGCACGGAGGUGUUCCAGGUCCAGAGGGAGGCUCUCUUCAACAAGAGUGAGCGUCAGGCUGCAGAGUCCCAGCUGGUCAGAGUGCAGCAGCAGCUGGCCGAACUGCAGGCCCAGUCCAGUCACAUCCAGGAGCUGCACAAGGAAAUCCAGAACUCCCAGGGUCUGGUCAAAGAGAAGGACCGCAAGAUUACAGAACUGUCCAAGGAGGUGUUCCGGCUGAAGGAGGCCCUAGGAGCUCUGUCGCCUCCUCUUGGCCUCACGUCCGCGUCCUCCUCACCCCCCCAUCACGUCAACCCUGGGCAGCAGAUGGCACUGCAGAACAGGAUCUCUAUACUGAGCCAGCAGCUUCAGGACUGGGAGAGGAAGCACAAACAGGUGGUGGCUGUGUACCGUUCCCAUUUACUGGCAGCUGUACAGGGUCGCAUGGACGAGGAGGUGCAGGGUCUGCUGCUGCAGAUCCUGAGGAUGACGCAGCAGGGCCAGUAGGACCAGUAGGACCAGUACGCUGCCGCACGUUCCAGUCCGGCCGCCUGCAGGAACAGCAGCGCUGAGAUGUUUUCUAGAAAGCCAAAAACCCCACUCUGUGGCCAGACACACCUGCAUGCGUGAAUACAGUCACCCGAACAACCGCGACUGGCAUCCAAUAAUAAUAAAUGAAUGGUUAGUGCCUUCAGACGUCAGGACUUCAUGCAAGAGGCGGAGAAUGCAAGGCAGUUCUUCAGAGCUCUGCCUGUGACCUGGCUGAUUUUAUAUUCUAUUGUUAUAAUAAAACAGAAAUCAAUGGUC